AUGUUCACGGUAUGGCAACAUUUCAGGCCUGAAUCAAAACUCCUGGUGGACGCCAUGGCUGGUUAUGGCGCGCUUGGUGCUCCAGCCGCCCUUGCGGCUGGCUCAGCCUACAAGCUCUCGAGCGGCUACGAGAUGCCAAUGUUGGGCUAUGGCACCUUUCGAUCUGAGCCCGGUGUUGUGAAGGGAGCAGUCUUGGAGGCCAUCAAGGCCGGCUACAGGCACCUAGACCUGGCACAUGUCUAUGGGAACGAGAAGGAGGUCGGCCAAGCCUUGAAAGAAGCCUUUGAGUCGAAGAUCGUGACCAGAGGAGACCUGUUCCUGGUUGGAAAGCUGUGGAAUUCGGACCACGACGUUGACAUAGUGCCACAGGCCUAUCAAAAGUCAUGCGAUGACCUGGGUGUGGAGUACCUGGAUUUGUACCUGAUCCACUUCCCCGUGGCUGUGAACCACACUGGCCUCGACAACCCCAACUUCGGCCCAGGCGCCCAACUCGGCACCACACCACUCAUUGACACGUGGAGAGCCAUGGAGAAGUUGGUCGAUGAGAAAAAAGUUCGCUCCAUCGGUGUGAGCAACUUCCCUCUGAUGCUCUUGCAUGACUUUUGGCUCCAGGCACGUGUGAAGCCUGCCGUGAACCAGAUCGAAGUGCACCCCUUCUACGUGCGCAACUCCCUCGUGAACUACUGCCUCAGCCGCAAUAUUGCCGUCACCGCCCACACACCCCUGGGUGGCGGCCAGGCGAACACUACGCAGUUUUCUGCGGCCGCCGCGCCCAUGGAUUCGCCGGAGAUCAAAAGCAUCGCAGAAGCCAAGGGCAAGAGCUGUGCACAGGUGAUCCUGCGUUGGCUCCUGCAACGAAAGAUCCAAGUCAUCCCCAAGAGCACCUCCCCUGGACGCAUGGCUGCGAAUGCUGAUCUCUUUGACUUCCAGCUGUCCCAAGAAGAGAUGGAUCAGAUUAGCGCCCUGGACCGCUACCAGAGUGCCAAGACGAACCCAAAUCCGAUGUCGCACUUCCUCACAGGGCCCGAUAGCUUUGAGAAGGGAGGCUGGGCCAAGUCCCUGGUCAAGUCCAAGAUCCAGCCGCUGGGUGACCCAAGGUCGGAGGAAACACGUGCCUCCAGUGAUGGACCCCUUGGAUCCUUUGUGCACUUUGAAGCUGAGCAUCAGAAUCUGAUGAAGAAGGAUGUGAUGAUGACCUCCAUGAGCGAUUGGUACAGCUCUCGAGACUUGGCGCGUGUGGGGAAGCUGCAGAAUGUCACCAUCUCCAGCGGAACCACGGUGCAGAUCUUCAGUGCCGUGCCGGUCUUCGGAGACGAAUCGUACAUCGCUCUGCUGGUGGAACAGGGAGGUGAUGCUUGGAGAGGCAAGCCGCGAGACUGGUGGCCAGAUCUUGAUGCAUUCGUCAUGUUCUGUGCUGGGCCUGAUGGGCACAGGACGCAGGUGGAGCCGCGUGGGCACUCGUGGAUGUGUCCUUGGCCCCGCGAAGAAUGGCGGACCAAACGAUUUCACGUCGUGCUGGAGGACAAAGAUGGGAAGAAACUCGGCACCGUUGUGGCAGAACAUGAGCCAGAGCUCUUGGGGCAAUACGCAACGAUGGCAUGUGUCCGGGACAUUUUCUACAUGCCAACUCCGAGAAACCAUGUACAAGGCGGGCCGUUCAGCGGCCCUUUCAAGCAAUGGAUCGAAUGGAUGGAAUGGUCUUCCAUGCAUGGUCUGGAACAUUUCCUAAUCUACACCUUUGAGGGCACUGAUUUGGCUACAAAGGAUCUUAUGACACCCUAUCUUGAUGCUGGCAUUGCAAGCAGAGUUCAUUUCCAGUUUUAUCACCGCAGCAAUCUCGUUCGCUUUGGGCGCCUCAUGAAUGAUUGCAUCUACCGCGCAAAGAAUCAUGCAAAAUGGCUGGCAACAAGCGUGGAUGUGGAUGAGUAUAUGGUGUUCCCGGGUAGAGUAAAGUAUUUCAACUGGGACCACAUCCUGAAAGAGCAAGGAGUUUCGGAGGACAAGGUUGCCAGUCUUGAACUUGCACGGGUUCGUUUUGCACGAGCACGUCCCGAAACGUACGAGAUUUCAUCCGACCACCGGGUUCCGAGCCUUGAUGAACGGCCAAAGCAAGUCAUCAACGUUGAAAACGUCUACCGCACCUCUAUCCAUUGGCUGACAUGUUCCAAGAAUGGCACUGACAUGAUACAUGUGGAUUCAAAACUUGCAAUCAUCAACCACUACAGGAUACCAGAACAAAUGCGGACGGGCGACUAUUACCAUUUUAACUUUCAAGAUCCUUAUGCCACGAUGAAAGAUGAAGGGCUUAGUAAGGAGAUGCCUCUGUUGGAAACAGCUCUCGCGAAAAGGUUCAACAUCCAAACGGCAGAUGUGAAAGAUUUUCUGAAGAACCUGGCGCAAAGACAUCCGCCAGCGACAGACAUUGCAGCUGCACACCACUUGUGA